ACCAGACCUCUUGGAAACUGCCUUAAUCAGACCUGGGAGUUUGAAAGGAGCGGGUGCUGAACCUCGGUUUCCCCUGAACAAGAAAAAUGGGCUGUGAUAGAAACUGUGGGCUCAUCGCAGGCGCUGUCAUUGGUGCAGUCCUGGCCGUGUUUGGAGGUAUUCUAAUGCCAGUUGGGGACAUGCUUAUUGAGAAGAAAAUUAAAAAGGAAGUUGUCCUUGAAGAAGGUACAAUUGCUUUUAAGAAUUGGGUUAAAACAGGAACAGAAGUUUACAGACAAUUUUGGAUCUUUGAUGUGCAAAAUCCACAGGAAGUGACAGUCAAUGGUGGCAAAAUUAAGCUCAAGCAAAGAGGUCCCUACACGUACAGAGUUCGUUAUCUAGCCAAGGAAAACAUAACCCACGACUUUGAGAACCUCACCGUCUCUUUUGUACAGCCCAAUGGUGCUAUCUUUGAACCUUCAUUAUCAGUUGGAACAGAGAAUGACACUUUCACUGUUCUCAAUCUGGCUGUAGCAGCUGCAGCUCAACUCUAUGAAAAUCCAUUUGUUCAAGUGAUACUCAACUCACUUAUCAAAAAGUCAAAAUCUUCUAUGUUUCAAACCAGAACAUUGAAAGAACUUUUGUGGGGCUAUAAGGAUCCAUUCUUGAGUUUGGUUCCGUACCCUGUGCCUACCACAGUUGGUGUGUUUUAUCCUUACAACAAUACUGCAGAUGGAGUUUAUCAAGUUUUCACCGGAAAAGACAACAUAAGCAAAGUUGCCAUAAUUGACACUUAUAAAGGUAGCAAGAAUCUCUCCUAUUGGUCAAGCUAUUGUGACAUGAUUAAUGGCACAGAUGCAGCCUCGUUUCCACCUUUUGUUGAGAAGACCCGGGUGUUGCAAUUCUUUUCCUCUGACAUUUGCAGGUCCGUCUACGCCGUGUUUGGAGCUGACAUUAAUCUGAAAGGAAUUCCUGUGUAUAGAUUUGUUCUCCCCCCCAAGGCCUUUGCAUCUCCACUUCAAAAUCCAGACAACCAUUGUUUCUGCACAGAACAAAUUAUCUCAAAAAACUGUACAUUAUAUGGUGUGCUAAACAUUGCUAAAUGCAAAGAAGGAAGACCUGUGUACAUUUCACUUCCUCAUUUUCUACACGCGAGUCCUGAAAUUGGGGAACAUUUUGAAGGUUUAAAUCCAAAUGAAGAAGAACAUAGCACAUACUUAGAUGUUGAACCUAUAACUGGAUUCACUUUACGAUUUGCAAAACGGCUGCAGGUCAACAUGUUGGUCAAGCCCGCGAAGAAAAUUGAAGCAUUAAAGAAGUUGAAGCAGAACUAUAUUGUGCCUAUUCUUUGGCUUAACGAGACUGGUACCAUUGGUGAUGAGAAGGCAAACAUGUUCAGAAGUCAAGUGACUGGAAAAGUAAGCCUCCUUGGCCUGAUAGAAAUGAUCUUGCUCAGUGUUGGUGUGGUGAUGUUUGUUGCUUUUAUGAUUUCAUACUGUGCAUGCAGAUCAAAGAGAGAAAAAUAGGCAACAAAUGAGUCUUUUAUAUUUAUGCACCAGCUACAACAGGACCUUUGUGAACAUUGACCUACAAAAUGAAGAUUUAAUAUGCUUUAUUUUUGCAAAACACACCUUAUCUUGUAGUUGAAGAAACGGUGGGACUUUUUUUUUUUUUUUGCACUAAGCAGCAGCACAUUUCUAAAGGAUUACUAAGAUGUCAUUAAAAUCCAUACUUUGAACAAAAAAAGCGCUUUUUAAAAUUCAUCUUGUAUACAAUCAAAUUGAUUUCAUUUUCUACAGACCUGGCUGAAGAAUGAUCCAAAUAUUUUUAUUUGGUACUGAUUCACUUAUUGGUUCCCUGGUGGCAAAUUCAGCAGAGGAGUAGAUGUUCUAAACAAAUCCUGGACCCUGAACUUGUCUUCCUCAUCAAGGGGAAAACACCAUCACCCUCGGCAUGGCCUCUGCAACAUCCCUGUUCAGUUGCAACAGACCUGUCAGACCAUUGGACCCCAGGACUGUCAGUACAUUGCACUUCAUGAGCAUCAACUAUUUUGAACGACAGUUAAGAAUGGAAAAUAAAUUAUUGGCCUAUGAGCUAUUUCUUACACAUAAGUUUCUUUCUCUGUGGAAUCCUUUGUACAGAAACAGCAAGCGUUAUAACCGUGUUCUUUAUAACAAUAUGGGCUUCUAUUUUCGUCAUGGAUUAGCAAAUGGACAUCAUUUUUAGCUCUUUAUGUUUAAGGACUUUGUCAUUUUCCACUUUCUGCAGCUCUUCUGGAAAUCUGAGUAGCUUUUGAUCUUCCUACUCAGAUACCUACAACUUAUGCUUGGCAACUUCAGAAUGCUGUGCUAGUAUUAAGAGAUGUACAUGAUAAUAAAGGAAUUAUUGUAUGGAAGAUUACCAAGAGUAGAAUGUGCAUUAAUGGUUAUUUGUUGCAAUAUUUCUUGCUUUCAUAAAUCACUUCAGAAAGACUGGUUUCAGCUAUUAAAAGAUGUUCUUCCUUAAA